CUCUCUCUUUCUCUCUCAUCCCAGUUCUAUUUCAUUCUCCUUUUCGCUCUCUUACUCCCUCCACUCGUACUUUUUCUCCACUGUUGUCGCUGGUUCGAAUCGAACACCUCCGCCGAGCAAUCACCGCAAAACCCUAACUUCUUUGUGGAUUCGCGUAAGAAACUCUUCGAUUUUUGGAUCAAAAUCCCUCCUUUGCGGUAGGAACAAGAGAAUGGAAUGCGAUAGCUAACGAUGGAGGGGGAAGCGCAGCAACGCUCGCUCUCGCUGAGAGCGUCUCGGAGAGCGGAUCGGAGCGAUCCGAGCAAAGACGAUGCAGGUGGUAUCUUUUCUCCGGGGAGGGUUUCGCAAGAUCCGUUGAGGAUGGUUUGGAGGAGGGGCUUCAUUCGAUUGGUGUUCGUCUCCGCCGUUGUUUGGGUGUUGCUCAUACUCGCCGCAUUGCUGUUUCAUUUGUGGUCUUGCCACUCUUCUAUUAGCUUCCUCUCAGCUCUUUGCAGCAAAGACAGCAAAGUGCUUCUGAUGUUGGACACUAUGGGGCUUGCACCAAAACCACUUCAUCGUUGCUCAAUACCUCUUGCCGAUGAUCCAGAUGCCAUUGCCAUUCCAAAGAGAACGCCUGAUAAUAUUAUAAAAAGGUUGUCAUAUAUAUCGGUUGAUGAGCAAGGAGAUUCAAAAGCCAAGAACUCUCCACUGUUUGGAGGACAUCAAAGCUGGAAACAGAGAGAGGAGAGUUUUAACUUAAAUACCACUAUGAAGGUACAUUGUGGGUUCAUGAAAAAUGGAGGUGCGGAAAUGGAUGACGUAGAUGUAAAAUACACACGUAAAUGUAUAUUUGUAGUUGCCUCUGGCAUUUUCGAUGGUUAUGAUAUCCCCCAUCAGCCGUCAAACAUAAGUCUUCGUUCCCAGAAGCUCUUCUGCUUUCUAAUGAUGGUGGACGAAGUAUCCCUCGAUUUCAUAAAACAAAAUGCAAGUGUCAGAGAAGACAGUGAAGGAGGCAAAUGGGUUGGCAUUUGGCGCCUUGUAACCUUACAUAACCCGCCGUAUGAUGAACCUCGCAGGAAUGGGAAAGUCCCAAAGAUAUUAACUCACAGAUUAUUUCCUCAAGCCCGGUAUAGCAUUUGGAUUGAUGGCAAAAUGGAGCUCGUUGUCGAUCCCUUGCUUAUUCUGGAAAGAUACCUUUGGCGGGGGAAGCACACAUUUGCUGUUGCUCGUCAUAAACAUCAUAAGAGUAUCUAUGAGGAGGGUGAUGCUAUCAAACGCAGGAAACGAUAUGCUCGGCCACUAAUUGACCUUCACAUGAAAAUUUAUCGUUAUGAGGGGAUGGAACCAUGGAGCCCGCAAAAGAGGACCGUCAGUGAUGUACCGGAGGGGGCAGUACUGAUUCGAGAGCACACAGCGGUGAACAACCUGUUCAGCUGCCUCUGGUUCAAUGAGGUGAACCUCUUCACACCUCGGGAUCAGCUUAGCUUCGGGUAUGUCGUGUAUAGGUUAGGGGAUGCAUUCAGAUUUUUCAUGUUUCCGAACUGCGAGUACAAUUCGCUCUUCAUAUUGCAUAGACACACUAGGGAGCAUUCUUCUGUUGUAGAGUGGGUUAAAUCCCUCGACGAAUUUAAAGGAAACAAUACCAGAUUAAAGGAGACUAGGGGAGGAUUAGGGCUUUGGACUCCGUAUCCCGGAGACCUUCGCUCUGUCCAGCUCCCGCCUGUUACACGAACAUCGCCAGCUGGCUGAUUUGAUAAUUUAGAUCAAUUUUGUUUCUUGGUCUUCA